AUGAAAUAUACUAAGUUAAAUUUUAUGAUGUCGGUUCUUGGCAUUAUAAUCUAUGUAACUGAUUUAAUUGUGGAUAUCUGGGUGUCUGUCAGGUUUUUCUGUGAGGGACAGUAUGUUUUCGGUAUUUUAACAGUAAGCUUUAUGCUCUUUGGAACACUUGUGGUCCAGUGUUUUAGUUAUUCUUGGUUCAAGGACGAUUUAAAGGAAUCAGGCCAAGAAAGUCAGCAUUGUUUUCUUCUACUUCAUUGCUUGCAAGGAGGAGUUUUUACAAGGUAUUGGUUUGCCUUGAAAAAGGGUUAUCAUGUGGCUUUCAAGUACACCAGCAAAACGGAUAACUUCGUGGAAGAACAAAUCGAUCCUCAUAAAGAAGUUAUAGAUAGGGUGACAGAUUUGAGCAUGCUCAGGCUAUUUGAGACCUACCUGGAAGGCUGCCCACAACUUGCUCUUCAGCUCUACAUCCUUCUGGAACAUGGUCAAGAAAAUUUCACUCAGUAUGCAGCCAUCAUGGUCUCUUGCUGUGCUAUUUCUUGGUCGACUGUUGAUUAUCAAGUAGCUUUAAGAAAAUCCUUACCUGAUAAAAACCUCCUUAAUGGACCCUGUCCUAAACUCGUAUAUCUCUUUUACAAGUUGUUUACAUUAUUAUCUUGGAUGUUGAGUGUUGUGCUUCUUUUGUUCUUAAAUGUUAAGAUUGCUUUAUUCCUGUUGUUAUUUCUUUGGUUUUUAGGUAUAUUGUGGGCAUUUAAAGAACAAACUGAUUUUUGUGCUUCCAUAGGUAUGGAAUUCAUAUACAGGAUUGUCGUUGGAUUCAUUCUUGUCUUUACAUUUUUUAAUAUUAAGGGACAGAAUACCAAAUGUCCAAUGUCUUGUUAUUAUAUUGUAAGGGUAUUGGCCACAUUGGGGAUAUUGAUUGUGUUCUGGUCUUACCCACUCUCUAUUUUUAAUUCAGACUAUUUUAUACCUGUCAGCAUCACUAUAGCUCUUACUCUUCUCCUUGGAAUUAUUUUUCUUAUUGUUUAUUACGGGACUUUACACCCAAACAGAAGUGAAGAAACAAAACUGGAUGAAGCUGAUGGAAAACCAGUUCAAAGAGAUUGUAGAAUGAAGUAUUUCCUAAUGGAAUAA